CAGUCAUUGUCAUCCGCGCAGAGGGACAACUCAUCGCAUUUAAGUAUUCCAUGGCUGCUUGAGUCUUGACUUCGCAGUAUUGAAUCUGCAUAUAAGACCGACAGCGUUCCGUCGCCAUGACGCGAGAGGAGCCUCUACUCGCCCGGCCCGCCUCGCCGAACUCGUCUACUCACGGUAUCGAAGAGGAAGACGCCCUCCUCACGGGUCAACCAACCGAUCGGUCCCAUGCUAAACGAAAUCGAAAAUGGAGGGAAAUCGGUCUCUUCGUCUGGGCUCUGCUUGCAACUGUCACCGUUAUCAUUCUAGGUGUUGUAUAUCAGCAUGAAUCCACAGUCGCACGGGCGCGGCCUAGGACGGGAGGAUGGGGCCCGGAUGGAAGACCAUCUGGCAAGAGGAAUAUGAUUUUUAUGGUCUCGGACGGCAUGGGUCCAACUUCGCUGUCAAUGACACGGAGCUUCAGACAAUAUACAACCGGGCUGCCUAUCGACGAUGUCCUGGUUCUUGACAGACAUCACGUUGGCUCCUCGAGGACUCGGAGCACCAGCAGUCUGGUCACCGACUCGGCUGCCGGCGCCACUGCCUUCUCAUGUGGACUCAAGAGUUACAAUGGCGCCAUUGCGGUCCUACCAGAUCACACUGCAUGCGGAACAGUCCUGGAAGCUGCCAAAAGAGCGGGUUAUAUGACCGGCCUGGUCGUGACUACAAGGAUCACAGAUGCCACUCCAGCCUGCUUUGCCGCCCAUGCGAAUCGAAGAGAAUAUGAGGACCUUAUCGCAGAACAAAUGAUAGGCCACUAUCCUCUCGGGCGCGUUGUGGAUCUGAUGAUUGGCGGCGGAAGAUGUCACUUCCUGCCCAACACAACUGGGGGUUCGUGCCGAGCCGAUGGCAAGGACAUUGUGGCCAUGGCCAAGGACAAAUUCGGCUUUACCUACGUUGACAACAAGAAAGACCUUGAGACUCUGAGCGCCGGGGAUGUCCAGUUGCCGUUGCUUGCCUUGAUUGCAGACCAAGACGUCCCAUAUGAGAUCGACAGAGUGCAUGUCUCCGACAUCUAUCCCAGUCAAGUCGAGAUGGCUAGAGUCGCACUCAAAGCCCUGUCGGCAGCGACAAAGGACUCUGAUAAGGGGUUUUUCCUCAUGAUCGAGGGCUCGAGGAUCGACCAUGCGGGACAUUUCAACGACCCAGGCGCCCAAGUGCGCGAGGUUAUGGCGCACGACGAAUCCUUCGGCGCCGUACUAGAUUUCCUCGAAGACGACGAGACGGAGGGCAUCCUUGUAUCCACAUCCGACCAUGAGACUGGUGGUCUCGCCGCAGCCCGCCAAUUACACGACACGUAUCCGGCGUACCUGUGGUUCCCUGAAGUUCUUGCCAAUGCGACCCACUCAACUGAAUACCUCGCGCGCAAGUGGAACGAGUACCUCUCCUCCAGUGCCGAUGCUUCACGCACGGACAAAGGGUCCAAACUCCGCGAUCUCGUCACCGCUGACCUGGGCAUAUCAGACCUCAGUCAGGAAGAGAUCGACGCUAUCAUUGACGCCACCCCGAUUUGGCCUCCUUUAUACCACUUCUCCGACAUAAUAUCUCGCCGCGCACAGAUUGGAUGGUCUACACAUGGCCAUUCGGCGGCGGACGUGAACAUCUACGCCUCACAUCCGAGUCACGCACCGGGGUUGGUGGGCAAUCAUGAGAAUAUCGAAGUGGGUGAGUUUAUCGCCGAGUAUCUGGACCUAGAUCUUGGAGUCAUUACAGCAGAGUUGAAGAGCAAGAAGGUCAAGACUUCGUCUCUGGGUGCAGAUGUGGAGGAGGACUGGGGAGAGUGGAUGGGUCCUCCCGGUCUGCCGGUCAGCCAGGACGGGAGCUUGGUAGCACUAGAUGCAUACCACGGGGAUUUUAAGUAUAGGAAACGCGAAGCCGAGGGCAUCGCCGAUUGCGGGUGUGGUAUGAAGCACUAGUGAUGUGAGCCUAGAGGAAGAAGGAAUUUUUAUUUUCACUAGCAUCUGGCGUUGGCUGGGAAAGCACUGUGAAGGACAAGCCAGCAUAUUCUACCAUGCAGAGGCACAUGCGAAGGCGUUUGACAAGAGGGAUUCUGACGAGCGAUGAGUUUGUUCUGGUCACGGCGGGCGUUGGAUGCAAUCGAGAGAGUGCGAGCUAGAUUGAUAUACCAGAAUCGAUGAACCGAAAUGCCGCAGCCAGGCGUUGAUGCUUGUAUCUUUUGAGUCUGCCGUGGAUGAGUCGUCAAGGUCAUUAUUCCGUGUUCUCGACAGGCGAAAAGGGAGGUUGUUUGUUCCUUGGUCUUGCGUUGGGCUCUGUGCCUGCGUCUUGCACGGAUGGCCAUCGUAGCUGUUUGUGUACGAGGUACCUGUGAACUCUAUCCCGCGGUUCACCAACCUCCUGCCCACCUGCCUACCUGCCUGCCUUUUUCUAAUCCCUGC